CUUUUCCAUUUCAUCAUUUCUUUCUCAUUACAUACGUAGAGUAAGAAAGCAAGCUACAUAUGUAUUCUUCUUAGCAAACAAUAACUUGGAAGAAACAGAGGAGGAAACAGAGGAAUGCAUGACAAGAUGCAAAAUGAUUUGCUAGUUCAUCUGGCACUAUUAGUUCUGCUAUUAUGGAGCUCAAGUACUACAACAGCAGCAUCGGGAGCUGAAACACCAAUGGCAAAGCAUAAUUGCGCAACACAUUGCGGAGAUAUUAGCAUCCCAUACCCUUUCGGCAUUGGACCUAAUAAAGAUUGUUACUUUGACGAAUGGUUCGAAAUGGUGUGCAACCAGUCUUCUAGUACCAGCCCUCACAAGCUUUACUUGAGGCGUGCCCAGCUGGAAGUGCUGAACGUUUAUGCUAAUGGCACGCUUCGAGUUAACAACCCCAUUGCUUUCUUCUGCCAAGAAUACAGAGGUCAGCAACCCGCGAAUUUGAGUGGCAGCCCUUUUGUAUACUCUGGGAGACACAACAAAUUCACAGCAGUGAGUUGUGGCUACCUUGCCUCCGUGAGCUCAGAAAAGUAUCUUGUUGGCGGAUGCAGGUCAAUUUGUGAAGGGACUAGCAUAAGCCCUGAAAAUUGUGAAAUUGGUGUUAACUGUUGCCAGACUAACAUCCCACCGCAUCUCAGUGUCAUCAGUACUGAUAUAAAAGAUGAUAGAAGAGGAAGGGUAUGCAAAAAGAAUAUAUAUGCAUUUUUGGUUGACCAAAAGUGGUUUAGGGACAAUUUUAUGGCAUCCAAUUUUAGUGUCAUAAAGGAUAUGGACAGCGUUCCGGUGGUGCUAGAUUGGAGCUUAGGCUUGGACAAUACUUCAUUACGAUUGUUUCGGAGAUUCAUUCGACAACAUGAUUCCAGGGCUUAUGAUGACCCAACACCCACCUGCAAAAUAAAAAAUGUCACUUCCACUUCUCGGCCAAGCCUUGAAUGUUCCUGUCCUCGGGGUUUUGAGGGAAAUCCCUAUCUUGGCUACCAUUGUCACGACAUUGAUGAAUGCACGGAUCAAAACAUAUGUGGGCCAGGGGCCCCCCAUUGUAUGAACUAUUUGGGGACGUAUGCAUGCUACGGACACAUAGUGGGUGGAAAGACAAAGAUCAAACUGAUUCUUAUAGGUCUUGGCGCUGGUGUGGGACUGUUGUUACUGCUGAUUGGUGCAUUGUGGGUACAUGAAGUCCUAAAGAAAAGAAAGAGAAUUAAACGCAAGGAAUUUUUUUUCAAACGAAAUGGUGGCUUGUUGUUAGAACAACAAUUAUCUUCAGGUGAAGUUAAUGUAGAGAAAAUUAAGUUGUUCAAGUCAAAGGAGUUAGAGAAGUCCACUGACAAUUUCAACACUGAUAGAAUUCUUGGCCAGGGAGGCCAAGGUACUGUUUACAAAGGCAUGCUGGCUGAUGGUAGAAUUGUAGCUGUGAAAAAAUCUAAAAUAGUGGAUGAAAGCCAACUUUCAGGUUUCAUCAAUGAGGUUGUGAUUCUUUCACAAAUCAACCACAGAAAUGUGGUUCAACUAUUGGGUUGCUGUUUAGAGACGGAGGUUCCCAUUUUGGUUUAUGAAUUUAUACCUAAUGGAAACCUUUCCCAGUAUAUCCAUGAGCAGAAUGAGGAGUUUCCACUUACAUGGGAAGUUCGCUUACGAAUUGCCAAGGAAAUUGCAGGAGCUCUUUCCUAUUUACAUGCUUCAGCUGCCUUUCCCAUUUAUCACAGAGACAUCAAGUCUACCAACAUACUCUUGGAUGCAAAAUACAGAGCAAAAGUUGCUGACUUCGGAACUUCAAGAUCAGUUGCCAUUGACCAAACUCACCUCACCACAAUUGUACACGGCACAUUUGGUUACUUGGACCCCGAAUACUUUCAAUCAAGCCAAUUUACAGAGAAAAGUGAUGUGUAUAGCUUUGGAGUUGUCCUUGUUGAGCUCUUGACAGGACAAAAACCAAUUUCUUUUAGAAGGUCACAAGAAGAAGGCAAAAGUCUUGCCACAUACUUCAUCAUUUCGAUGCAGUUAGAUCGCCUGUUUGAAAUUCUUGAUGCUCAAGUUGUAAAAGGAGGGUCUAAAGCAGAUAUCAUCACAGUUGCUAACCUUGCAAGGAGGUGUUUGAAUUUGAGUGGAAGGAAGCGCCCUACAAUGAGAGAGGUCACGGUAGAGCUAGAGGGGAUUCAAACGUCAGAAAAAACUUCAAAUGGUGAACAAAAUUAUGAAGAAGUUGAAUAUGUUCGAACUGAAUCAAUUGAGCCUUGGGAUGUCGUUUCAAGCUCAACAGGCACAAGGCCAGGUUUGGAUGGUGAUCAUGCUUCAUCAUUACAUGAAGUUCCACUAUUACCUUUCAUGUCACGCUGAACAAUAAUUAAAUAUUUCUUAACUGUAAUAUUCUAAUGCUUGUUCCAUUCCAUAUAUGUUAUGUUUUUCUCCUUCCUGAACUUUUCCCGUCAGAAUGUGACUGCAGUAGUUUCAACCAAGAAGAUCAU